AACCCAAAAACUCUAAAACAUGUCACCUUCACCUUGGAUAUUUGAUUGGAAGUUGGUUAGUACUGUGGAUCUAACCGAAAAAGCUCAUAGUCUUCGUCGCGGCUAUAUAAAGUUCGUUGACGUGAAUCAAGUGGUUCCGGUUACCAUGGAUGUUAUUUGGAACAAAUCUUGGCUUUUCCAUAAAGUUCCUUUACACUGUCACGGGAAAUGUUCGAGUUCUGAAAAAACAAAUAUACUCAUUAGAAUAGCCGGAUUCCAUUCUGGAGAUUUCCAUAAACAACACCAUUGGAAGAAAUGUGUUAUUGAAUCCCCUCAACACACCCAUAUUGUCACUUCUAAGCCUGCGUGAGAUGCCGUGACCUAUAAAAUGCGAUUUGGGGGUAUUGGCUGAGGUGCAGUGAACUAUAUGAGUAUACUCAUGGAUUUUUCAGCAAUGUGACAGAAGUUUUGAAAGAGGGAAUUGUUGAGGUGUAAAGUUGCCUUUUAUAUAUUAUUUGCGGA